CCAGCCUCCUGGAGAUUACAAGAAGAGCACCUUGAGGUGAAACAAAGGAGGGAUGAGGGGGACGGCGAUGAAAGGACUUGGGCUCCUCAUUUUCAGUGCAAUUCUGGUGUCUGCUCAUGCCCUCACUGUGGAAGCACCUGAGAGGCAAAUCCAAGUGGCAAGAGGAAGAAAUGCUACCCUGCGCUGUAAUUUUAAAACAAACUCAGCUGUUGACAGAGGAGACCUGGUUGUCUGGAAGAAAAUCGAUAGCAAGGUUGACGCCGUGACGCGCUACUUCGACGGGCUGCUGCAGUACGGGGAGGGCUACGACCACCGCCUGCAGUUCAAUGGCGACGUGGCCGGCGGGGACAUCAGCGUCACCAUGGGCGCCGUCACCAUGGAGGACAACGGCACCUACGUCUGCAGCGUCCGCCUCCGCGCCGACCCGCCGCGCCAGGCCGCGCUCGUGGACCUCUUCGUCCUGGUUGCACCAUCCAAGCCCGAAUGCAACAUUCUGGGGACACCAGAAUAUGGACAGACAAUCAACCUGACCUGUGCUUCUCAGGAGGGCUCCCCAGCGCCCAAAUACACCUGGAAAAGCUUCAAUGUGCAAAAUGAGCCCCGUGCGCUAGCAUACACAGAAGGGCAACAAAUCACUCUGAAGAACAUCUCAGCAGACACCUCUGGCUUUUACAUCUGCACUUCAACCAACAUUGUGGGAACGGAGUUUUGCAACAUGACAGUCAGCAUUGUGCCACCAUCCAUGAACAUAGCUCUGUAUGCUGGCAUCAUUGGGGGAGUUGUGGCUGCCAUUGUGGUGAUUGGGAUCAUUGCCUACUUCUGCUGCUGCCGGGAAAGCAAGGACACCGACUACGAGAUGACGGCACAAGAAGACAGAAAUGAACCCUCCAGGCAGAUGCCACCAAGGCAUGAGAACGAAGGGGAGUAUGUGGAGAGUGAGGAGAAUGAAUGA